UGUGCACCUAGAGAUUAGUGCAGUCGCCGGCCUACCUUGCAUAGAUAUGGCCGUUGCGCGCAUGGUGUAUCUCGGCCGAGACGAUGCAUUGAAGCUAUCAGUGGAGAGAUAACCGCAUGACUCGCGUCCUGCAAGGGCACGGCGAGACGGAGUGCCCAAGAGCUCCAGCUCGCCUAUCGUACUCAUCUGGACCGUGGCAACCCCCGUGGCCCUCAACGACGGGCCCAGCUGUCCAGCUUCGGCGACUGCGCUCAGGCUUCACAGUAUUUGAAUCUGUCGCGACCUGAUGUAGCUGCAUUGUUAUCGCGAUACAACGCCACAAAACCCCAAUAACAGGGCUUCACAAUGUCGCAGACUCAAGUGCUGGUCCAGGAGCAGCUCAAAUGCCCGUUGCUGGAAGAUCGCUUCUCUGUUCUCAAGCAAUCGAUCAUUAAGCCCGAGAAGAAAGUCCGGGUCAUUGAAUCGUAUAAGCGCUUGGUAAAGGUGCUUGCAAGCGAGGCCGAUGGCAUCCAUAAGGCUGGUCCACAAGUGAUUCCGGAGAUCGAUUUUGAAACAAUCCACCAGAAUGGCGGCAACCUGCCGGAUAGCCUGGUUGAUGUGGUGCAUGAUCGAGGGUGCGUCAUUGUGAGGAAUGUUGUCCCGGAGAAUGAAGCAUCUGCGUGGGAGGCGGAGCUCAAAGACUACACCAACCGACACAGGGCUGUCGGUGGGUUUCCAGUAGACAAUCCCCAGACCUGGUCGCUGUUCUGGACGAGGCCUCAAGUGCAAAUACGCAGCCAUCCUCGCGUCCUUGAGGCCAUGAACUCCAUCAGCAAGCUGUGGCACGUCAAUGACCCGACGCUACCAGUCGAUCUUACCACACAGGUGGCUUACCCUGAUCGGUUCCGCAUUCGUGUCCCCUCCAAAGAUAGUGAGUACACGCUGAAUGCGCAUGUCGACUCGGGCAGCAUUGAGCGCUGGGAGUGCCCGAAGUACCGAGCCUGCUAUCAGGCCGCCUUUGACGGCGAAUGGGAGAAGUGGGACGGCUGGGCCGCCGACACUCGUCUGGAGGCCGAGACUGACCUAUACCAUAUGGGCGGAAACUGCUCUUGCUGGCGAAGUAUGCAAGGCUGGCUCUCCCUCUCGCACACCGGAACCGGCGAAGGCACACUACGCUUGCUACCCAGCCUGAAGGCCUCCAUCUCGUAUCUCAUGCUCCAACCGUUCUUCCUCAAUGGAGCGAACGCUUUCGACGACGUUACACCACAGUUUCCAGGUGGUAAGCCCGGUUUUACACAGAUACUGCCAACUAAGGAGCUUCAUCCGGACCUCCAUUUGGAGAAGUCGAUGAUCGGCAUACCUCCCGUAAAACCUGGUGAUUAUGUCUUCUGGCAUUGCGAUCUCCUCCAUGAAGUCGAUAAAUUCCACCCUGGCAAGCUGGAUUCUUCGGUAGUCUACAAUGCCUGCACGCCACUGGUUCCCUACAAUAUUGACUCUUUACAGUCCACAAGAGCUUCCUUCAUCGAGGCGGGGCCAGCACGGGACUUUGCUGGUUACGCGAAGUCGCUAGGAUCAUUCGAAGCGGAGAACCAGCACGAGGACCAUGGUGCUCGUAUGGAGAACAUAUUGAGCGCAGAAGGUCGCCGAGCCAUGGGAUUUGAACCGUUCGUGGUAGAUGAGCCCGGUCUUACGGAGGGUCAAAGGAAAGUCCGGCAGAUGGCAAAUGAUGUGUUGGGAUCAAGCAAGCCGGCUCUGUCACACAGCUAGCUGUAGGAUACCAUGAGAGUGGAGGCCGACAGGAUGAAAA